CGGAAGUCCCAGCAUGCACCGGGAAGCUCUGCGCAUGACAACUAGGCAUUGACGUGCACCAGACCGAGCACUGAGAGUCCUGAGGCGCUUGCCAUGGAGCCAGUCUGGCGACAGCAGGGCCGUGGUCGGGGGCGGAGCCAGGAGGCUCAGGGCGCCAGAUUUCGACCCGGCGGUGGACGAGGAGGGAGGACUGAAGCUCCACACAGCGCCGCCCCGCUGGACAAAUUCGAGGAGAUCCGGAAGUCCAACCAGGCCGCGGCUCAGCGAUUGGUCGAGAGCCACGUCAGCUCCUCCUCCUCCGACGAUGAAGAUGACGACGACAGAGAGUGUCAGGACGGGAAGAGAGGGCAGAUCCUGGCGUCUACCUUCACCACCUACACCAACCAGACAGGUGGGGACGCCACAGGUCUGGCCCGGACCGGUCAGUACCUCAGCGACCUGUUCCAGUCUGGAGCCCUCACCUGUCUGAUCUGCAUCGCCUCGGUCAAGAGGACGCAGCAGGUGUGGAGCUGCUGCAGCUGUUUCUCUCUCUUCCACCUGCCCUGCAUCCAGAAAUGGGCCAAAGACUCGGUGUUCCUGGUGUCCUCUGUUACCGACGAUGACUUCGGGCAGAAACAGCAUCCGUGGCCCUGCCCAAAGUGUCGGGCAGAAUAUCCACCCAGCGCUAAGCCCAACAGGUACAUGUGCUACUGUGGGAAGCUGCAGGAUCCUCCGGCCGACCCCUGGCUGGUUCCUCACUCUUGUGGGUCGGUCUGUCAGAAGGAGCUCAAACCCACCUGUGGACACACCUGCCUGCUGCUCUGUCACCCCGGUCCAUGCCCUCCGUGUCCUAAGAUGGUGUCUGUGGCCUGUAUGUGUGGGAAAGCUAAGCCCCUCCCCCGCCGCUGCAGCAACAAGGCCUGGUCAUGUCAGCAGCAGUGUGGAAAGUUGUUGCCCUGCAGACAGCACACCUGUUCACAGACCUGCCACACAGAAUGCCGUCCCUGUCCCAGAGUCAGCGUUCAGAGUUGUGUUUGUGGCCAACAGAAGGCAGAGCGACCCUGUUCCAGCCCUCAGUGGAACUGUCAGCAGGUGUGUGGCUCUCCCCUGCCGUGUGGAAAUCACACCUGUGAGGAGGUUUGUCACGAUGGAGUUUGUCCUCCGUGUCCUCGGUCCGUCAGCAGAACGUGUCCCUGCGGCAAGACCAAGUCGUGUCUGCCGUGUACAGAGGAAGUGAUGCCGUGUGGCGACACCUGCGACCGCCGUCUGUCAUGUCUAAAACACACCUGUUCAAUGAGGUGUCACCGAGGAAGCUGUGAGACCUGCAGACAGGAGGUGGAGAAGGAGUGCAGGUGUGGUAAACACAGGAAGCUGAUGCCCUGUCAUAAGGAAUACCUGUGUGACUCCAAAUGUCCAAAAACCAGAAGCUGCCAGAGGCACCAGUGUAGGAGGAAGUGUUGCCCCGGUAACUGCCCCCCAUGUGACCAGAGCUGUGGUCGAACUCUGGGAUGUCGAAACCACAAGUGUCCUUCAGUCUGUCACCAAGGCAGCUGCUACCCGUGUCCGGAGAACGUGGACGUCCGGUGUUCCUGCGGUUCCACGGUUCUGGUCGUACCGUGUGGUCGAGAACGAAGCACCAAACCUCCUCGCUGCAAAGAACCCUGCAGGUGCCCCCCGUCCUGCCACCACCCCACCAGGGAGGCCCACCGCUGCCACCCCGGGCCCUGCGCCCCCUGUAGGCAGCCCUGCUUACUGCCGCUGGCCGGCUGCAGCCACACCUGUCCACAGGCCUGCCACGACCUGGUUCUGGUCCGGUCCCAGCAGGUCCAGCUAGCCGGUCCGUGGGAGCAGCCCACUGAACCAGCGUUUGUCCAGAAAGCUCUUCCCUGUCCGCCAUGCCAAGUCCCCAUACCAACGAGCUGCUUUGGAGAACAUGAGGUCAGUCCGGUGCCGUGCCACCGUCAAGGUCGAUUCUCCUGCGGACGACCUUGUGGACGACCUCUGACCUGUGGAAACCACACCUGCAGCAGGGAGUGUCACCUGGUUACCGACGGCAACAAGUGUGAAGUGUGCGAGGAGGGCUGCAGUAAGCCCCGCCCCCCAGGCUGCCCCCACCCCUGCCCCCGCUCCUGUCACCGUGACGACUGCCCGCCUUGCAGCCAGAUGAUUCGCCAGCGCUGCCACUGCAAGAUCAGCAUCCUCUACGUGGAGUGCAUGAUCCUGACAGCAGCUGAUGACCAGACAAAGGUGAAGCUGAGUUCCUGUAACAACCAGUGUCCUAAAGAGCUGAGCUGUGGCCAUCGCUGUAAGCAGGUGUGUCAUCCAGGUGAGUGUGAGGACAGGUGUCAGCAGAAGGUGAAGCUGCGAUGCCCCUGCAGGAGGAUCAAGAAGGAGCUGCAGUGUUGUGUGUCGGCUCAGUGUGUUGUUCAGUGUGACGACACCUGCAGAGACCAGCAGAGGAGAGUCAGCCACAUGAAGGAGGCGGAGCAGAGAGCAGCUCAGGAGGAGGAGCAGAAGAAACUUCAGAGGAUCCAGACUGACUGCAGGUUCUCCUUGCAGGAGGAGCUGGAAGCCUUUGAGAAGCGGCAGCAGAGAGGGGGGAGGAGGGGCAAGAAGAGGGGGAGGAGGGGGGAUGCCGACGGCGAGCAGGGGAGAGGGGGCCGCUGGGGGUGGAGCUUAGCCUUCAUCAUCAUCCCGCUGGGCGGAGCUUUACUGUCUGCCGCCGUAUUCUACCUGCUGAACACAGCCUGAAGCCACCCGCUGAGGACCUGAGACUCUCCUGAAAGUCACCUGGGACUCACCUGAAAAUCACCUGGGACUCACCUGAAAAUCACCUGAAAGUCACCUGAGACUCUCCUGAAAGUCACCUGGGACUCUCCUGAGACUCACCUGAAAGUCACCUGAGACUCUCCUGAAAGUCACCUGGGACUCUCCUGAGACUCUCCUGAGACUCACCUGAAAGUCACCUGACGGUCACCUGAGACUCUCCUGAAAGUCACCUGGGACUCACCUGAAAAUCACCUGAAAGUCACCUGAGACUCUCCUGAAAGUCACCUGGGACUCUCCUGAGACUCACCUGAAAGUCACCUGAGACUCACCUGAAAGUCACCUGAGAUUCACCUGAAAGUCACCUGGGACUUACCUGAGACUCACAUGAAAGUCACCUGAAAGUCAUCUGAGACUCACCUGAAAAUCACCUGGGACUCACCUGAGACUCAUUCUGAGACUUAUUCUGAGACUUACCUUUUAUUCACUAAGACUCACCUGAGACUCACUGAAACUUAUCUUAGACUCACCAAGACUUACCUGAGACUAACCUUAAAUUCACCUGAGACUCACCUGAAACUUACUCUGAGACUCACCUGAAAGUCACCUGAAAGUCUCUGAGACUCACCUGAAACUUACUCUGAGACUCCCCUUUAAUUCACUGAGGCUCACCUGAGACUCACCUUUGACUCACCUGAGGCUCACCUUUAAUUCACUGAGACUCACUUUUAAUUCAUUGAGACUCACCUGAGACUCACGGUUAAUUCACUGAGACUCACAGGUGAGUCUCAGGUGAGCAGUGUCCAGUGACUCAGAUUGUUGGUUCUUUUCUUCUUUUAUCUGCAGACAGGAAACAGUUUGUGUCCUGGACAGUGGACUUCCUGUUGGAACCAGAAGUUGUUUAUUUUUCUGUUGACGGUUCAUUUGUUGCUCGUUAAAUCUGGUUAACUCUGUCAGCAGUGGAACCAGAAGCUCCUCUGAUUGACCGUCUCCAUGAGCAGAUGUUCUGAUGGAGUCUGUAGCUUUAGAUGUUGUUUAUUUCAGGGUAACGUUAGAAGAACGUCCCAGCAACCAUCUUCAAAACUCCACAGGUCCGACGUGUUGAUGUUCUUCAUGAUGUUUCUGUGUUUGUCCUAAAGACCUUCUGACUGAAGAUGAUGAGAUCUGAUUGGUUGUAGAAUUCAAACUGUUCUGGUUCUUGUGACGGGUCUUCUGAUUCUAGAAACGCUGGAACUGUGCAGAUGUUUCAUGAAUCUGGUAAAAUGAAUCUGUUUUUUCUGUUUUUGAAAAUAAAAUGUGUAAAAGUUUGA